UGCGAAGGAGACAGCAACAACCGCCAUUUGUUUCCAGCAACAGAGAUAAACCUUGACGACAAGAUGGUGGAAAAAAGAGCAAUUGAUCGCCAUACGAUAAAUCAAAGAUCAACUUGCAAACAAUUUCACUGAUAAGACGGUUUAAACAGUUUGGACAUGGAGAUUGAUGAAAGACUAAGAUGGUUUGAGACAAUUGUAACAUCUUCUUUGAAACCAAGAGCUGAGGAGCUCAAGAAUUUGUUUUCAAAUGAAGAGAGCAGGAGAUGCCUGCUCGAGUUUUGCAACAACGAAGAAACAAGGCACAUCUUCGUUUAUUUUGUUGCUGAAAAGAGCAAAACACUGGUCGCAUCAUUCAGAGCCGCGUCUACCCUCCGAUCUAAGGUUUUAUUCUUUAUAAAGACACAAAGUGCUGGGAAAAUCACAAGGGAUAAUAUAAAUUCAGACAUUUUCUACUGUUCAUGUAGUCAAAAUGCAGUGCAGCAUCUUGAAAUUCUUGCAAAAGAAAUCUUCCUGCCGCUUCUAAGUAUUGAACAGAAUGGUGGGCCAAGUGCAGAUAAACUGAUGGACCUUGUACACAGGCUCAUUAGCAGCUUGCAGAUCAUCAAUGGCAACAUCGAGGGUGAAGUGAACUUGCCGCUUCCUUCGAUUGAAGUUCUUUCCGAAGCUGCAGCAUACAGCCAUAGAAAGCUGGUGGUGAUACAUAUUCUUGAAACCUAUUUGAUUGGCUGGAUAAAGCAAAUUAAAAAUUCACUAAAACUUGAGCCUGAAAGUGAGAUCGCAAGACGCCAUGGGAAGGAGCCCGGGCCUCUUUGUGAAGCUGAGGUUUGGGCAAAUCAUUUUGAAAAGAUUCGGCGAAUAAAUGAGCAACUUUGUUCACCUGUGGUAGUAAAUAUUCUUAUGAAUUUGGAGGAGGCCAACAGCACAUACGCACAGUCGUUUCACAACGUGAAAAGGGAAAUCUCAAAAGCUGAGCGGGAAGCAGACGAGAACUUGCAGUUUUUGAGCACUAUGACCCACUGGUUUGAGUCGCUGUCCUAUUCAAUACUCGCAUCAGACAUGAUGCCAAAUUUUGCUCCAUUGAUGCAUACCCUCUUUUUGGUAUGGCAACAUUCCAGAUUUUUCCACAAGGGAAGCAACUUAACAAGGAUGCUGCGAAUGAUCUCGAAUCAGGUUGUCAAAAGAGCGAGAGACUUACUCGAUUUCAGCGUCCUGGAUGACCUGAUCAGCGCACAUUCCAAUCUGAAAGAGGCUUUGCAGAUUUGCGCAUCAUUUCGAGGCCGGUAUCUUGACACCAAAGAUAAAGCGGAUGCUUUGAAUCAGCAAAAACUUGCGGAACAAAUUGGAACGAGAACUGAUAGUGCUGGGGUCGUUUGGCACAGUCGCAAAUUCCGGGAGGCCAAAACACAGCGCGGAACAACAGUAUUCGGUAGAGAAAAGGACCAGAGAUCGGAAAGUGAAAGCAACAGUGAGAUGGUAUGGGACGAUUCUCCGUGGCCGGCCAGAAACAGUCCGGUUUUUGCUGGGCUUAAUAGCUUCAUGGAAAGGUGCAACGAUGUACUAGAACUCGUUGAAACAACCAGGCAUUUUCGCAUGUUGAAGAACGCUGCUGAGGUUGGAGGAGCUGGUGGGCAAGGGCUUGAUGCCAUGGUUAGGGAGAUUCAUGGCCGCUUUGAGGUAGCAAUGGCUCAGUUUAAAGAAACGGUCAAGGACGUUUUGGAUGUUGACCACUCCCAGCAUUUCGAAAGGAGCUUCUUUGUGUUUCGUUCUGUCAUUAGGGAACUGGAGAGUCGCCUUGGAGGGGUGCUGCAAGAGAGUUUUAAGCAGUGCUGGGAUCUAAGAUCAAGGCUCAGAUUACUGGAAGUUUUUGAGGGGACGAGUAGUAGGGAUCUCGUACAGAAAGAGAUCAAACCAAUAGUGGAUACUUUUGUGCCUAAUCUCACCGAAGACAUAGUGAAAACGAGAGCGCUUUUCGAGUCUGGCAUCAAAGUGACCCACAUACACAUACCUCCUCUGACGAACGAGCUCCUCUGGCUGGAUUCACUGAAAGCAAGACUUAAGGCAAGCAUUGAAAAGCUAAAGUUAGUUUCACCCAUUUCGUUGAAAGGGGAUGAAGGCUGGAAAGUCAGAGAUACAUUUUCUGAUCUGAUAAAAGAUAUCGAGGCGGCUGAAAAAUCGCUGUUUGAAAACUGGCAGACCAAUGUAGGACCAGAUCUUUUGCUACGAUUAAAGAAGCCCCUUCUGAUACACAGGGAGACAGGGGAUGGGACACGGCACCUCGAUGUCAAUAUCGAUGACCAGCUACGCGAGAUGCUGAAAGAGGUCCGCUAUUUGCAGCUCCCACCACUUGAUCUCAGGCUCCCAGAUGUAAUCCGGUCGUUGAUACGAAAUACAGACCCGGCUCUAUUGCAGACCAAUGCUGCUAGACUCAGUACAGUUGUCUCUCAAUACAACACCGUUAUCAGAAUAGUUAAUGACAUCGAAAAGCCACUUUUUGAAGUCAAAUUGUCCGCUGCUAAGCAGUUGCUUCAAGAGGGCCUAGACAGGUACUCGUGGCAGGACAUUGAGUCAAAGGACUUCAUUGAACGAGGAACGACUUUGAUAUGCAACGAUCUUUACAACAAUGUUAGCAUCACCAAGAACAACCUGGCUGAGAUCAAAAGGAUCGCUGAAUCGUGGACUGCCGGCCCUUUGGAUGCGUUUUCUAUGGUUAGCGACAAAGAAACAUUAUAUAUUGAAGAGUUGCAUGAUAAGCAAAGGGAAUCUUCUUCAGGUCUGUGUCACCAGAUAGAGGUCGGAGGAAGGAGAAUACACUCCCUGUUGCAGUCGACAUUCGAGGCAGUGCAAAUAAGCCGGGCAUCACCAGUGUGGCUGCGUUACCUGGAGUACAUAUCUGGCAUUGUUUACGAAUGCCUUCGAAAGUCCAUUCUCAGCUCUCUGCAUUCAAUGUUACAUCGCAUUGACCCAUCAACAAGUGCAAAACCGAUUCUCGCUAUUCGUUUGGAGUUGGUGGCAUCUGAGAUCACUUUCAUUCCGCCAUUGAAUAAUUCAUUGGCUUCAAGAUCUUUGCAAGAAUUUGUCGAGAUUUGGCUCGAUAGUUAUCUGGCAAGGGCCUCUUACGUCAUGCCUAUUUGUCAAAACGAGGAUUUCAAACAAAUGGUGAAACUCGACUACGAAAUUUCAGAAAUAAAUGAGAAAAUUUACUCCAUAGUAAAUGAAAAAGUCGACGACUGCAAGAAAUAUUUGGAAACUUUUAAAGACUACGCGUUUCUCUGGCUUCAAGAUGUCAAAAUGACAUUUGAUGAAUUUUUGAAAGGCAACAUCAGCUCAAGGACAUCAGCUUCCAGAACAGAAGAUGUGAAAUCUUCAUUGUCAAAUAGUUCAAAGAAAGACAAGGAUGUUCAGAAAGGAAGCUCAAGUCGCGCAUCGUCCGCCAUAACAACUCUGAAUAGCACGACGAUGGGAACUGUUGCGCUGAGCGAGAGAACUUUGUUGGCAGUGAAAAGAUUGAAGCUUUCAAAGGAAGACAACGCUCCUAGUCUGGAUGAUUUUGACAGGGAAAUGGAGGUCUACAGGGUCGCCAGAGAUGAGAUACAUGCGGCUGCAGAAAGUUCACGAGUUGGUUGGAUUACAGUUAACAUGCAGCCUGUAAAGCAGACCAUUGAGACAUAUGCCAGUAAAUGGGUCUUCACAUUCACAAAAUACCUCACCGAUCAGGUCUCCAGUGCAUUGAAUGAUCUGGAUUCAUUUCUCAAGAGAAUCGAGCCGGGGGUAGAAGCAAUCACUGGGGAAGAGCGCGAUAUUUUCUCUUUUAUGCGACUGAUGAGGAUUUUCAACGAGGUUACAGCACAACAGACAGAGCUAGAUACUAAGUUUGCCACUAUGAAAAGAACUUUAUCAUUGCUUGAGAAAUAUGAGCAGAAACUUCCAGAAACCACUCAAAAGUUCUACGCUGCUGCUCCUCUCAGAUGGAACAAUCUCAAGAUGAAAGUGAACCAAGCAAAGCAAAGACUUGGGCCAAGGAUCCAAGCUGAGGCUGAAAGCGUGACAAAGACCCUUCAGAAGUUUGGAGAACGUUGCUUGCAGUUGGACUAUGACUUCAGGGCCAGUGAGGCUUUUAAGAGGUCCUGCCGCGUGUACGCUGCGCACAACAUCAUGGACUCGAUUGAAAAGAGCCUAAACACUAUUGAAGGCGAAGCACAAGAUCUUGUUGAGUUGCAAGAGCUACUGGAAGAAGAAAUUGUUGACUUCUCAAUAUUGCCAAGCCUUCGCUCUGAUCUUGGAAUUUUGCGACAGGUUUGGGAAACUGCAAAGGUGAUUCAAGAGCAGCAAAGUGACUGGAAGAGACAUCGAUGGCAAAAAAUUAGGCCUAAGCUACUUCGAAAACUGCUUGGGCAACAAGAGGAGUUACUGAAACAAUUGCCCGAGAAGGCAAUUGGCUGGGAUGUUACUAUUGGUGUGCAGCAGUCAAUCGAGCGAAUGCAGUCUUGUGUGCCAAUUAUGGAGGACCUUAGCAAAGCAGCAAUGAGGACUCGUCACUGGAAGCAGCUGGUGCGGGCAACUGGAGGUGCAGUGAAUAUCAGCAGUGAUGGAUUGACAAAGAUGACCUUAGGACAGUUCAUUGGUCUUGGGCUACAGAACCAUGCAGACGAGGUUCGCGGUGUGAUUCAGAGGGCAGCUAAAGAUGUCGGCAUUGAAAAGGCUUUGAAAACAUAUGAAGAAGUUUGGUUGAGUAAAAUGUUUGAGUUGGUCAAACACACAAGAUUGUCAACUGGAUUUUCAAAUAUUAUGCCUACUCAUGAUACACCUGCGAGUGAAUAUGGCAACGAUUCUGAUCACGGCAUGAUAAGCGGAGUACGUCACUCUGGCAGUCGCGUGUCAUUGGCUAGCCUUGGAUUGCGAUCGGAUUCGAGGCUACGAGCAACUUCAAUCCUGUCUUUUACUUCAAAGCGUCCAUCUAUUCUCAACAUUAUGGAACUUGGAGAAGUACUGUUACUGAAAAAUAUCGAACCUAUUCUAGAAGAACUAGAGCUGCAUCAGUUGUCUCUUCAAUCAAUGCUUGGUGGAAGUGCUGCAAGCUCCUUUGCUGACGACAUAGUCAAGUGGCAGAAGACGUUGCAGAAUCUUGAAGCAGUUUUGAAUCUGUGGUGGGAAUCACAACAGAAAUGGAUCAAACUUGAUGAUCUGUAUAAUGGAAACGAGUGCAGAGUUGCAUUGCCGAAGGAAACCAAUUUUUUUGCUUCGUCCAGUCAUGAAUUUAGACAAAUCUUGAAGCUGGCUGAAAAAAAUCCGAAUGUCCUGCAAAUAUGUACGAGAGAAGACAUACUGCCAAGGCUGGAGAAGAUCAACAUAAAUUUUGAAACAUGUUUAAAGGCCUUAACAACGCAGCUGGAGAGAAGAAAGCAGAAAUUUCCAAGACUUUAUCUCAUGUCGCAAGAGGAAGUUCUAAACAUAGUUUGUAAAGGGUAUGAUCCAGGUUUGGUAAAUCCCUAUUUUUCAAAAAUCUUGCGCAAUGCAUGUGUAAUGGAUUACGAGGUGCAUGACACAGAAGAACGAAAGUUUUAUAAAAUCACUGGUAUUCGAAGUUUGCAUGGAGAGAUUCUGAAAUUUGUCAAGCCGGUAGACUGCGAUUCAGUGGUUGAGAACUGGCUGAAUGCUGUGGUAAGCGCAGUCAAGAUGACAUUGCAAGUUAGCCUGGCAUCGGCAUUGGGAAUGCCAUUACCUGACAGUAUCAGAAUUGGCCUGAUGUCACGUGAAUCAACAACACACGGAAAGAUGGAGUCGAAGAUCAAAAAGUCUCCUUCUCCGCAACAACGAAAGGUUCUCUUUGCGCAAGAGCCAAAGGUAAUUGGUGACCUAGAGAACACUGCGCGUGAGGAGGAGAUAAGUCUGCCUUCAUCGUGGUCUUUGAGAAACCUUAAUGAGAUCGUCCUUUUGGCGUUGCAAAUAGAGCUCACCCAGAAGCUAGAGAAGUGUUUUGAAGAAUGCCAGGCUGGGGAUAAAGAUGCACUUCCAGGCAUGCAGCAGCAUUUAUCUGCCAUCUUGCAAUCAGCUGCUGCAUUGCUGCAAGGCUCAAACGGCAAUGAUCUUGAUGAUUACGUGCUUAAACAAAGAACAAAGGUUGCCGACGAUUCCAAUACGGAACAGGUUGAUGACGAUUUUACUGUAGAGAAAGAUGAAAUCCUUCACGCGAAGCAAGAAAUAAGAAUCUUCUUAACUCCAAGUCAAAUGCAAAAACUGACAAACUUGAUAUUUGUACUUUCCAACAAGCGCGAUCUUACUCAAAAGCUCUCUAAAGUUAUUAGCUCCACUGAUCAGAAUGGCAACGAGGGUAUGACACAGCUAGCAAGAAUGUUCGAGUGGCAAUCUCAGUUGAAGUAUUACUGGUCACAAGACAGUGCAACUUGCAGGAUAUCUGUGAUGGAUUACGACUGCGAUUACGGCUUUGAGUACCAAGGAACAGCGGCUAGAAUUGUGAAUACACCAGAGUCAGAGAAAGCUGUGUUUUGGAUGACCCAAUCGAUGCUUAAUCGGUCGCCAGUUCUUCUUGUUGGAUCCACUGUUUCCAGCCGAAAUGAGAUGCUUUUAGAGUUGUCAAACGCAUUCGGAUUUCCAGCUUUCCAAUUCGUUUGCUCAGAGAAUUUAAGCACCAAACAAAUUGGCGAAGUUUUUAAGGGAAUUGCAGCCACAGGUUCAUGGGGUAUUUUUGCAAACUUAGAUAGACUCUCAAACUCUGCAUUGUCGGUGAUUACUCAGUUGGUUGCCAGGAUAAACCAGAGUCUACAGGCGAAGAAAUCGACAUUCACAAUGCUUGAUGACGAGCUAUCAUUGUCUUGCAAUGCAAAGGUAUUCGCGUGCAUGGAUCUUUGCGGAGAAGUCGCCGACAACAAAGCCCCUAGUUUCUUCCCUAACAUUACGUCAUCGCUGUAUACCGUUCCGGCUGGCCUGCUUGCAAAGUUCAGAAUCGUUUGUCUUUCGACACCUGACAUCGAAACAAUCGUAAAAAUGCAUUUAAUGGUACACGGGUUUAGUUAUAACGAAAAUCUUGCACACAGCCUUGCCAAUAUAUAUUCUAUAUGGUCAAAACUUGCCAUGGUGGAGGCAGCCCCGUCGGUUAGAGCUCUUUGCAGUAUGGUAAGCGAUGCUGGCGAUCACCUUGAUCAGCUAAAAGCCUUAGAGCUUGCUGAAACUUACUACGAGCAAGAUCCUAUGCAGGAUAAAGACAGGGAAGAUGAAGACCCGGAUAGCCCACCUUUGUCACCUACAGAGGCAGCUCACAUUUCGAAUUCUGAAAAGAAGGAUAAUAAAAUUACGAAUGAGGAUGAAAUUGGAGAGCAUGAAAGGAGUAUCUCAGCUCAGUCAGCAUCCAGUGAAACGCCGAAGAUUGAUUUGAAAACACUAGAGCAGAAGAGCUUGCUAUUGGCUAUAAGAGGUCACAUGAUGCCGUCCCUACUGGGGGCUGAUGCGGUCAUGUUUGCUACGCUGUUAGCAGAUUUCUUCCCCUCUCUUGACGUGCCGUUAAUUUUCAAUCAAGGAAUGCAAGAGGACAAACACGUGACUUCAGCCGAGAAGACGAUUGGCUUGACAAACCAAGAGAAGGGAGCGCCACUGAGAAUUCUACCAAGCUCACCGCAACCGAAGGACCAAGCGAUCAGUGAUUUGGAGUCAGCCAUUCGGAUUGCUGUCCAGAAGAUAGAUCUUCAGCCUGGACAUGCUUUCGUUUCCAGAGUGUUGCAGUUGUCCCAGCUUGUUUCAAGCAACAAAACGGUAAUAGUCGUUGGCCCAGCUGGAUGCGGUAAGACUGAAAUAAUUCGAGCUUUAAUUGCUGCCCAGAGAGAAAUGGGUCGAAAUAUCAUAUACAAUUCGAUGUUCCUUGGCUCCGUGGACGCUAAACAGCUAUUUGGCUACUUCGACAAAAACACUAAAGUAUGGGUGGACGGACUUUUGCCAUCAGUUCUGCGAAGGAAGUUGCAUGACAUGUACAAAUGUGAGAUUGGCCUUGGAGCUAGUGACUCGCAAGAUCUGAGAUGGAUCCAUUUGGAUGGCCCGGCCCAUCCAUCUCAGCUUGAAACCCUUGCAGAUGUUCUCACUGGAAGUGAUAACCUGACGUUUCCAGAUGCGGAGAGGCUGAACCUUCCUUCCACCGUGCGUUUUAUUUGGGAGGUUGACACACUGGAUAACAUUCCAACCUCUUUACUUUUGGAUUGUGGUGUCUUGAAGCUUAAUUCAGAUGAUAUUGGUUGGGAACUGAUUUUGCAGAACUGGCUCUCAAGACAAACCGAAUCGAACAGAGAUAUUCUAACUGACUUAUGCAAUAGGUACAUCCCAACAACGAUCGACUUCCUGAUCCACGAGAAAGUCAUACGUUCUGAAGAAAAACAAAAGAAGUCGGUUGUCGGCUACAAUCACAGCCAUGGACAGCUUCAGCACGCGGUUUCAUUAACAGAGACCAACAUGGUUCAGAAUUUAAUAUCGAUCUUUGAAGCUCUUAUCUACAAUGCCCAAGAUCCAAGUCAUGAUUGUUUUGAUGCUUUCUUUAAUUUUGCUGCUUUCUGGGCCUUUGGUGGAAAUCUUCUCGAGGAAUACAGAGAACAUUUCAGCAACUGGUGGAGAAAUCAAUGGUCUGAAUUUAUUACAUUCCCAGAUGAAGUAUCGUUAUGGCAGUGCUACGUUCACCCAGAAACACACGAAUUUGUUUACGCGCAGAACUUCCUUCCUUCCUACUCUGGAAAACCAAAUUCAUCUUUUCCUCCUGACGCACACGUUGCCACUUCAAAAAAUAUGGUUGUGUCACUUCUGGUAAGUGCCCUUAUUGAAAAUGGAAAGCCUGUGUUGUUAGCAGGCCCUCCUGGUUGUGGAAAGUCGCACAUAUUUAAAGAUCGUUUGCAGAGCCAAUCUACUGACAUGGCAGAGAUUCAGUCAUUGUUCAUAAAUGCAAACAAAUUUAUCACCUCGAAAACUCUGUGGCAAAGAAUGGACGAGUUCCUCGAAUGGAAGCAUACCAAGACAUAUGUGCCCAAAGGCAACAAAAGACUUAUAUGCUUGAUUGAUGACCUGAAUCAUAGCUAUGCAAACGACGCAAGCAUCCAACCUGCUUGUGAAACAGUUCGUCAACUUCUAGAUCAAAACGGAUCUUUCUACCAUGGAGGCUGGAAAUGGCGUGAGGUGCAAGAUGUCACAUAUUUGGCGACAUACAAUCCAUGGACUACAGCGACGACGCCCAAGUUAAGCAAUAGACUGCUAAACAAAUGGAUCGUCUUUCAUCUGCCAUUCCCUUGUCAGUCAUCUAGUCAAGAAGAAAGCGAAGAAAUUGUUUCGAGUGAAAUGAUUCGUAAGCGAGUAAACGAGGAGGCCAUGACAAGAUUGCUCGAGCGCGUUGUUGCUAUCACGGUCGAAGUGCAAGAAAAUAUACGAAACAUGUUUUUGCCUACCCCUCAGCGUGCUCAUUAUAUCUUUACGCUCAAUGAUCUUUGUAUUUUAUUCAGAAACCUUUGCCUGGUGUUAAACUCUUCUUGUUCACAAGAAGAUCUGAUCACUUCCUGGAAACAUGAAUGUGAGAAUGUGUAUGGAACUGUUCUGAUGGACGCCGUUGAUAAAGGUCGAUGGAUGCAAGCAUUUCACACAGCUGCGAAAAAGCGUUUUGAUAAAUCACAGCUUGAGUUUAUGAUGAAGCCUUCAUGCCUCAUUUCUAACCUCAUUGAUGUUGAUGAUGGAAUAAAGAAGGGCUCCAAAUCAAGCAAAAAUUCAGUGGAUGCAGAAGAACAGAUUAACGCUUACAAAGCAAGCAGUGAUCUUUCAAAGGCAAAAGCAAUUCUAGAACACAACAUUCAUGAAUAUAACAAAGACAAUCCAAAAGUGAAAAUCUAUCUAUAUGAGGAGACGAUCAGGACAAUCUGUCGUUUAAUCCGCAUUCUGCAGUCGCCACACGAAUGUGGUCACGCGAUGGUCCUUGCAAAUGGCUUUCCUGGCCUCCCACUACCUCUUGUGAAAAUCUCAGCCUACAUUUGUGGAUUCACUGUCUUCCAAAUACAUCCGUCAAGCUUGGUCUUAGGAGACAAGUAUACAAUUGAGCACUUUAAACUUGAUAUAGUCAACGCUUACACAACUGCUGGAUUAAAGGGUGAAAAGUUGCUUUUUGUACUAAAUGAAAUGGAGUUAUUUGAUGAAGACUUUCUCGUCUAUGUGACGGAGUUUCUAGUGUCUAAUUCCAUUUCUCAUCUCUUCAACGAUGAGGAACAAACCUCGAUAACGAAUGCAAUUAGGACCGAGGUCACGCAAGCUGGGUUAAAUUAUACCAAGGAAACAGCAUGGAACUUCUUUUUAAAGGCUGUACGAGAAAACCUCCGUUUUGUUUUUAUUGUAUCAUCAAUGGAAGAGAAAUUUCAGAACAGAUGUCGCCAGUUUCCAAGCAUGAUAAAUGCAAUGCAAAUGCUGUCUCUGCCUUUUUGGACCAAAGAAGAACUAGUUGGAAUUGCAAGCUACCAUCUCAAAGAAACGACAAUUUUUGAUGAAACAGAGAAGGAGAAUAUCGCUUAUCUGCUUGCGUCCAUGCACCUUGCUGUCGCUGAAUCAGAUGGGUCAGAAAGAAUCAAUGGCAAAUUCAAGCACGUCACAAACACCACCUUUGAAAGAUUUGUCGAACACUUCGUGGAUAUGGCCUUCAAACGCCACUCUGAGAUUGAGAAAGAAUUUGAUUUGAUGACGAAAACACUUGAAGCGAUUGACAGAGGAACGGAGCUAGCCAAUCAGCUGAAGAGUCAGCUUGAUCAUGAGAAUAUGGUUUUUGAUCAGAAAAAACAGGGUAAUUUCACGCUGCUUAGCCAGAUUGGUCAAGACAAAGCCAUAACAGAGGAACAAGUAAGAUUGGUGAAGAAACAACAAUGGAAGAUUGAACAGUUGGAGCGUCUUCUUCCUCGUUACCAAGACGCACACGAAAGAGCCGUAUUCAAGGCUGCUGCAAUGGUUAAGGAAACGAAGCAAAUUCUUCUCGAAUUGGACCAACAAGGAUUGUCAGAUCUGCGAUCGAUGCAGAAACCAGACAGUGACAUAGAAGAUAUUCUCGCCGCAAUAAUCAUCAUUGUUAAAUCACCAACGUCAGACUUAACAUGGAACAAAGGAGCGAAACGAAUCAUGGCAAACCUUGAAAGGUUUAGAGAAGAACUGACAGCGUUUGACGAGACGGAGUUGACCGAAGACACAUUGCAAGUGGUCGAGCCAUAUAUCAAAAGAUCUCAUUUUGCACCUGGGUAUAUGGAAAAGAAGACCUCGAAUCAAGCGUUAGAGUCUCUAGUCGCUUGGGUCUGUGGAGUUGUGAAGUAUCAUCGUAUGAUGUUGUCACGAGUGAAGCCAUUGCACAAAAUGGUUCAGCAAACAACGACCUCACUAGACGAGGCAGUGGAAAAACUGGAUGGGAUGCAGAGCAAGUUGGGUAACCUCAACAAUCGCAUGGUUUCAUUGUCUGGGAAAUUUGAAGAUGCCUCUGUGGAUAAAAGCAGGCAGGGGUUGUUGACGGACAAUCAGCAGCAUCAGCUUUCAAGGGCAGCGUAUUUCGAAAAGCUGCUGUUUGCUGGAAGGCAGCAAUGGACAAGAGUUCUUGAGUCUAUAGCGCACAGAAGGCAAUCGAUGGUUGGUAACGUCGCGAUUUCGGUUGGAUUUGCAACUUACCUUGGCUUUUAUGACCACGAGUUCAGGAAAACAAUGACUGAACUGAAAUGGCCUGCCUGCCUCAAAGAGCGGGGAAUUGUAAUAGAUAUAAAGAUUGCAGAUAAUUUGACGGUUGAUAUAACAUUAAGCAUGGCGUCAAUGGAUACCAAAGCUUUCGUAAAGAACCUUGAGGAGGGAGCUGGCUCAAACGAGGCCGUUGCCGAAAAUGUGGCCGCGGCAGACAACAUGCAGGAUGGAGAAAGUAUGGAUGUGAAAGAGCCUGCUGCUGAGGAGAAGCAAUCAGAAAUGCCGGGGGUGGAACAAGAUAACAAAGUUGCAGACGACGUUGCAUCUCUUAAAAGUUCAGAAUCAGAGAGAAAGAAACAACUGAAGGAAGUAGAAAGCAUGUUGUCAACAGGGGGAAACUCCUUGUAUAUGUAUGACCAAUUCCUCCUAGCAGUUCUCAAAUUGCUCACUGGUGACACGUUAGAGAGAAUGUGGAUUUCUAAAGGGCUGAAUUACAGACAACUGGAAGACGCUUCGAUUCUCUUUGCGUCUGUACAAACGCCUGUUCUACUAAUGGAUCCAUACAACCUGGCGAUGGGCCUAUUUUCAAUUAUUGAUACCAAUGUUGUCACUCUCGACUUUAUGCAAAGGGCUGAUGUUGUUUUGGAUGCAAUUGAGAGAGCAGUGACUUCUGGAGACACGUUAUUGGUGUACAAUGUCAGUGGCCAUAUUGACUCGUUCUUCUUUCCCAUCAUUGACCAUAUCAACACCAAAUGCCGUCAGCAUUUACUUGAUGAGCCAAGUGUCAUCAAGAUGAAUGGACGACGCCUGAUGAUCCACCCAUCCUUCCAAUUAAUAAUCGCCCACAAUUCCCCCUUUCCAAACAUCCCUGACCAGCUUGCCUCUACAAUGACUGUUAUUGAUCUUCGCCCGCACACCAAUGGUAUCUUGCGAUACUUCUUAUUGCAAGGCAUUCAGAGACUGAAGCCAGAAAUACACAACGCCGACAACAAAGUUUACUAUGAGCUCUUCCAAUGCUACGACACCCUUGAGAAGCUUGACAGCACGUCCAUGGCUCUGAUACGAGGCAAAGAGGGCUCCGGUAUGUGGGAAGAGACAGAGACAAUAACAAGCUUGGUGAAGAAAAGGGCAAAGAUGGCAUCAAGGUUUUCACAGGUCAUUCUAGCCCUGCAGCGUCUGCAAAGCCAUAGAGUGAAAUUCAUGCCACUUGCCCAGUGUGUUCUCUCUGCUUUUAACGUCCUGCUUUCAUUGAGCGCCCUCAGGGAUGAAUACCAGUUCCCUUUUGAUUUCUUGGUCUCAGUCUUUGAUUCGGCUACGGAGAGGGAUGCUGCGGAGGUUGAUACAAGAAUGGUUUACUUGGCGGAAAACGAAAGAAGCAACGCAACGAGGUUCAGGUCAAGGCGAGACAAGGAAGAAAAGAGCCUGAAAAGCACCGCAGAAUUGCUGGGCGUUAAUCUUGAUAGGAUCCAGACUGCUUUGAAACAAGAGGGAAAAGGGUUUGCCCACUUAAAAGGCACCAAAAGCUCGCACCAGUCUGCCAGCAGCUUUGAUAUUGAUGGAAGCAUUGAUUUACCGGAAGAGAUGGAUAUAAAUGUCCCGGAUGUCGUCGAAGGCAUUGAUGAAGAAAUUCGCGAGACUUGCCGCAAGUUUUUCAAAAACUUCUACAAGCGUGUUUCGAAGACAUUGACUUCAGAUCAUCUAGAAUUGUUCACGUUGCUUUGUUGGAUUCGAAUGGAAUCAGUGCAGCUUUCGCCUCCUGACCUAAACACAGUCAAAUUACUUUUGCAAAAAGAUGAAUUCAAAAUGGAUGCAUCAGCGAUGCCAGAUAAACCAAAAUGGCUGCCAACUGACCAAUGGAAACUAUUGAUUGCAAUUUCAUACAGUGAGCCGUUGCUUGAAGGUAUCAUCAAAUCAUUCGGGAGGUCUCCUGAUGCCUGGUUGAAAUGGUAUUCAUCUAGAGUUCCGGAGGACGAAGACAUGCCGGAAGAAACACCAGCUCCUGAACCUGGGAACGCGGAAGAAGAUGACGCAGCGUUGGCCAGUGAAAAUGCAGAUGUAAACAAUACAUUUGAAUCAAAUAGCAAAUUCACAAAGUUACUUCUCAUAAGAUGCUUGCGUCCUGACCGUUUUCAGUCAGCGAUGACCAAGCUCUGUUACUCCGAUCUCACUGAUAUUCAAGAAAAGCCAACUUUCCUUUUUGAUGACUUGUUCCCAGUGGCAAGUAAGGCAAUGCCAGUGCUGAUUCUAAUGCCUUCAAGCAAAGGAUGCAACGAAAGAAAUAUUGGCGAUAAGGCUUCAUGUCCAGAAACUGUGUUCAGUGCUUUGGCAGCAAAGGCAGAGGAGAACAGCACCAGACUGAUGCGCGUAUCGCUGUCUGAUGCAAACGAGAGGCAUGUUGAAUUUAGGCUCAAUAACGCGAUGUCAGCAGACGACUGGAUAUUAGUGGAAAACUUGCAUCUGGGGAACGAAACAUGGCUCCAUCAUUUAACGAGAAGACUUCUACGGCUUCACGAACAAUCAGAUGAAGACAAGAAGUGGAAGAUAUUCAUGACGUCAGAACCAUCUAGCCAAUUGCCUGUACAGCUUCUUUAUAUUAGCGAGAAGAUCUCCUUCGACGCUUUGCUUUCAAUGACCAAAUCAAGUGAAGACCAGAGCUCUCUGCUAUUAACAAACAUAAAAAACUCUUUUGCGUACGUUGAUGGAGCCGUCUGGGUAGAAUCACGUGACAAGUCGUUAAGUCAUCGCAAUCUCCUAUAUUCGCUGUGCAUUGCGCAUGGUUUGAUAACAGCCAGAGAAGUUUAUUCACCACGAACCGUCAGCAUUAAACCAAGGGUGAUGGCAAGAGACUUAGUGGUUGCUGUCCAAUUUGUUACCGUGUAUUUCGAAAGCAAACAAGAACAUGUAAAUUUGUCAUUGCAAGAAGUUUGCCAACUUAUAUGCGAGGACGUGUAUUGUAGCAAAGCUGUUGCAGAGACGGAUAGAUAUUAUUACCAGGCUAUAUUCAAUAACAUUGCAACUGGUCUUUCCUCCAAUCUUGGAUCUUCAAUUCAGUUUGGUGAAUGGUCCGUCCCCGUCCCCCCGGUAAAUGUUGAUCCCGUAGAUUAUUGCCAGUGGUGCAUAGAAAAACUCAAGGUUGAAGAGGAUUGCACUCUCAAAGGAUUGCAGUUACACAAAACCGUUGGGAGACAAAUGGAAAAACAAAGAUCCGAUGACUUUUCUGCUGAUCUUAAGAUGCUGUGCGAUGAAUCGUUACAAGAGCCAUUUUCAAAAAUGCCAUGUCUCCACAAUGCUGCCAAGGCUGUUCAUUUGCGCCAUGCCAUAGAUCUUUGCAAAGAGAAACUUCCUUGUCUUUUGAAAAUUGAUGACUACUUUGGAAGAACUUUCAGUCAAAUUAGAUCGAACCCUGAGCUGAGGUCGUUGACUCCCUUUUCAGAAAAAAGCUUGCGGAUUUCUCAGAACCAAGAACUUCCGCCCACUAUUGGUUAUUGUCUGCUCAAGGAAUGCGAAUGGUUGAACAAUCUUCUAUACAGUAUUUCGUCGACGUUACAAGAUCUUGAUCAGCGUCUCAUUAGUGGCAUCCAUGCUGUGCAUUUAGGCCAGGCGUCCAUUGUCGAUUCUCUUUGCGCUGGAAGAGUACCGCGUGAAUGGUACAGCUUUUUUCCAGGAACUUCAUUGCAGACCUUGGAUGGUUGGCUACGCUGUAUCCAAAAGGUGCACUCACAGCUUAAUGCCUGGCUAAAGUCAGGUAUCGUCCCAAAACCAUCUGCUGAGCCAACAAUCGGCCAUGGGACUCUGGAUGUUGUCGAUUUGAGUCUUCUUCGCAAUCCUGAAGGCCUAAUAACAGCGAUGAGAUAUUCUAAAUCCAUGUCAGAUGGAGUCAGUAUUGAUGAGAUCACCCUAACAUGUUAUUUUUCGAAUAUCGUAAACAAACGCCCCGCAUUACCAGAUAGUAUCAAAGCAAUGGAUGGCAUUUUCCUGACAAAUUUGUUUCUUGACGGUGCAUCAUGGGAUAUUGAAAACAGCUACCUAGCCGAGCAACGAAAAAUUAUCGAAAAAAUGCCCUAUGUCUUUGUUACACCACAGAAGAAGGGAAACGUUGACAAUUCUCCUUGUUUUCAAUGUCCAGUUUUCCUAAAUAGAUGUCGACAGAAGCUGCUGUUUGAGUUAUCUCUGCCAAUCAAAGAUCAGAAUCAAAACGAGAAGUGCACAUUUAAUGGCACUUGUAUGAUGCUCGAUCCUUCACCUGAAAUUGUGUAAAUUAUCUGAAAUUUCUAGGCUAGUGUUGUAACAACUGUACAUAGCUGUUAAAGUUUUUUGCUUGUUAUAACACUGUAAAUAUAUUCUUUCACUUCCCUUUUUAAGCAAAGGGAUUUGUUGUUUAGAAGUUCGAGGGAUGUUAGUACUUAGCGAUAUGCCCUUUACCUAAACUCCACAAGGUAACGAGAAGACAAGUUCAUUGAUUAUCAUCUUUGACUCAAUGAUAAAAUGAUUGCUUUGUCUACCAAGAUGUUGAUAAAGACGCUGAUAGACGCUGUAGAAGUCUUUUCGAUGUUUUCAAAAUCGCCUUUUUAGACAUUGACUCAAAACUUCAGACAUUUUUAUUUUUAGACAAACUCCAAAAAGUACGACGGUUUUGUCAACAAAUUUGCUUUGAAAAUUAUAUUUCUGAUGAAUAACUCUUUGAGUAUCUUGUACUCUAAAUACAGGUUAUCUGUCACUUAUUUUCAAACAGAACUUUGCUGUAAAUAUUUUGAAAUAUUAAAGAUGUCUAUUUCUACCUAUUACGAAAUUUUUGCACUUACGUUGCAAUAUUGAGUUGUCAAAUAUUUUGCGGCCUCUCAUUAACGAUUGCUUAUUGACAGUUUAUGUAAGCAAGUUUUUAUACAAAUGUCCAUCUUAUCCACUUUUAUCAAAAGAUCUAUUUCCGUUUAUGUCUUCCGUUUUGUUUUCCGAAAGAAUUUUUGUCUUCUUUGCCAAUUUUUCACUCAAAAGCAAUUCAUAUUAUGUUUCGGAUUUGAUAUAAAGCAUUUCUUUUAUUUGAUCGAAAUUGAGAUUUUUUUCUUCUUUAAAAAGAACGCCGAAUUGCUGACAUAAAAAGCUGCUCAUUAUAUCCUUGCGUGUUGAUACCAUACUUUGCUUCUGAGCAAAACAGUUUUCUGAUAGCUAGAGGUAGAGUACCCUGGGAUGGGGUGUUUGGUACAUGCCAACAGAUAUGGUAACAACCACCUGAAAAAUGACCGAAGUUAGGCCAAUUUGAGGCCAACAUAAGUCUGUAUGUGUAUUUUAUUAUAAUUAGAUUUUUUGUUCGAGACUCGUUAUGCAUAUGUCACUUUCUAUUUUCUUUUCUGCUCUGUUUUUGGCACUUGUAAUCGAUCAAUUUCUCUUUUUUCUCAUUUUUUCCUCUUUAUUUCUGCUUGAUCUGUCUUUGAUUAAGACUUCUUAGUUGAUGGUCAUGGAGACACAAAAAAGCGAAACUUCUUUGACGAGUUAGUCAUUCGGGAGAUUCGCAUGCGUAGGGGGGA